AUGGAAAUUGAAAACGUCGAAACUAUUGAACAGCUUGAAAAAGCACUUUCAAAAAACGAAAAUGUUAUCAUAGAAUUUUCAACUGCUUGGUGUCAUCCAUGUAAGACAAUGGAUCCUGUAUACAAAAAGAUAUCUACUGAACACGUGACGAUUAAGUUUUUGAAGGUCAAUGUUGAUAAAGGACAGAAAUUAGUUGAGAGAUAUGAAAUCAUGGCAAUGCCAACAUUUAUACUGAUCAAAGACAAAAUCGAAAUUGGAAGAUUUUCUGGCACAAACAAAAGUAUUUUACUCGAGAUGAUAAAUAAUAUUUGA